CCCGCCCCGUGCCCGGGCCCGUGGGCCCCGCCGCGGCCGCUUCGCGCAGGCGGCGUCGGCGUCGGCGACGUAGGGCCUGCGGGCGGCCGGUCCGCCGCAGCCUGUCACCGUCGCCCCGGAGUGGCCGCGCCGGGGCAGAAAUGCUGCUGGUCGGCUGGUGCCUGCUUUGGCUUGGCUUAGUCCUGGCCGCGGUCGGCGCCUCCCUUGAGUCUGCGGCGCCUGGCAGCUGGACCACAGCUCCUCUGAACGUCCUUCUGAUCAUCGUGGAUGACCUGCGCCCUUCCCUGGGCUGUUACGGGGACAAGCUCGUAAGGUCCCCAAACAUCGACCAGCUGGCAUCCCACAGCCUCCUCUUCCAGAAUGCCUUUGCCCAGCAAGCAGUGUGCGCCCCGAGCCGUGUGUCCUUCCUCACGGGGAGGAGACCAGACACCACCCGCCUGUAUGACUUCCAUUCCUACUGGAGAGUACAUGCCGGAAACUUCUCUACCAUCCCCCAGUACUUCAAGGAGAAUGGCUACGUGACCAUGUCGGUUGGAAAGGUCUUUCACCCCGGAAUAUCUUCCAAUUAUAGCGAUGACUCUCCGUAUAGCUGGUCUAUUCCACCUUACCAUCCCUCCUCUGAAAAGUACGAAAACGCCAAGACAUGUAGGGGGCCGGACGGAGAACUCCAUGCCAACCUGCUUUGCCCUGUGGAUGUGGCGGAUGUGCCAGAGGGCACCUUGCCUGACCAGCAGAGCACCGAGCAAGCCGUCCGCUUGUUGGAGAAGACGAAAACGUCGGCCCGCCCUUUCUUCCUGGCUGUUGGGUAUCAUAAGCCGCACAUCCCUUUCAGAUACCCCAAGGAGUUUCAGAAGCUGUAUCCCUUGGAGAACAUGACCCUGGCUCCUGACCCCCAGGUCCCUGCUGGCCUCCCUUCCGUGGCCUACAACCCCUGGAUGGACAUCAGGCAGCGGGAGGACGUCCAGGCCUUGAACCUCAGUGUGCCCUAUGGCCCAAUUCCUGUGGAUUUUCAGCGGAAAAUCCGCCAGAGCUACUUUGCCUCCGUUUCGUACUUGGACACGCAGGUUGGCCACCUUCUGAGUGCUUUGGAUGAUUUCCAGCUGGCCAACAGCACCAUCGUUGCAUUUGUCUCCGAUCACGGGUGGGCCCUAGGUGAACAUGGAGAGUGGGCCAAAUACAGCAAUUUUGACGUCACUACUCGGGUGCCCUUGAUGUUCUACGUUCCCGGGAGGACAGCUCCGCUUCCAGAGGCAGGCGAGAAGCUUUUCCCUUACAUCGACCCUUUCGAUUCCGUCUUGGAAUUGACGGAGCCAGGCCGGCAAGUCACGGACCUCGUGGAACUUCUCUCUCUCUUCCCCACGCUCUCGGGACUUGCGGGACUGCAGGUGCCACCUCGCUGUCCCAUUCCCUCAUUUCAUGUCGAGCGGUGCCGAGAAGGCCAGAGCCUUGUGAAGCAUUUCCGAUUCCAGGACCUGGAAGAGGACCCGUACUUUCGUGGUAAUCCCCGUGAGUCCAUUGCCUAUAGCCAGUACCCCCGGCCUGCAGAUUCCCCCCAGUGGAAUUCUGACAAGCCAAGCUUGAAAGAUAUAAAGGUCAUGGGCUAUUCCAUACGCACGAUAGACUAUCGGUACACUGUGUGGGUUGGCUUCAAUCCCCAUGACUUUCUGGCUAACUUUUCUGACGUCCAUGCAGGGGAACUGUAUUUUGUUGGUUCUGACCCUUUGCAGGAUCACAACAUGUACAAUGACUCCCAGGGCAGAGACCUCCCCCGAUCACUGAUGCCUUGACUCCUGCCGACUAGCGAGGGGGAUGGGUAUCACUCGCUCCCUUCCAUCUGGGGAGAGGGCGAGUUGCGGCUGGUCACUCGGUGAUCACCCAUAAUAUUGGAAGCAGCCUGGGGGGUAGGCAAUCAAAGCGUGCGUCAACAGUUUCACCUAAGACUAUGGAAUAGCCUAACCUUUUUGAUUCUUUAUUAAUUAGAGUCUUUAUUAAUUUCUACUUGGUAAUCGGACUGGGGCUAGGCCGAACCAUUUUUUCCUUUUUUGGACAAUCACAGCUUGCUUUUUGAGUGGAUAAGCGUAAAGGGAGCAACUGAAAAUUGUCAUGCUUUUAGCCAUCGAGACCAUAAUAACCACACAUAACACUGUACUCAAGAAAUACUGUAAUUAUCUCUGGAAUUUAGUGCAUUUCAAAAAGUAGCCAUUGGUCACAUUAGGUUUCACAUGAAGUCCCUGGUUCUUUUGUUUAUAAUGAUUUAGCCCAAUAUAUUCAAAAUAUUGUGUCAAUAUUUCAGGUUUCAGUUUUGUAAAAUGUGAAGUUAAAUAGUAAUGCUAGAUGCUAAGGCCUUAAAGUCUUGUCUUCAACUUUUGUUAAUAAGAUUGCAAAUUUUCAAAAUCCGAAGAUAAAAUGUGCAUGAAGUGAUUAUGUGGAAUUUCUGCAUCAAAUAAUAAAUAAUGCUCAGUAAACUAGAGGCAUGAGAUAUUUGGGAAGUUCAGUUAGAAAUGUUCAGGAACUUCUGGCCCAAAUAAUAGUUUGUUAGCAAGUAAUAUGACCUUUGAUCUCAAAGAUCACCUACUGAAAGGCACCGUUUUUCACACUGGAAAACAUUUAAAGGCAUAACUGUAUCCAUGAAUUGAGUCACUCAAAACUGCUAGUGUUCUGCUUCUUCAGGAAUGGUUGGUUGCAGGUAUCCAUUUAUCCAGGAGGCAGGAAAUACUCUACUUCUAAUUGCUGAUUAAAGACAACACCAAUUUUAUUAAAUUCUGAAUUAUCUUGAGGAUUGGGAAAACUUCAUUUGGUGUAUAUAUAAUAUUAGGUCAUUUCUAAUCCCCCAGAACAUAGUUCUGUAUUCCCUAAAUAUGAAAGUAACCAGAAAGGCAGGUGGUAGUUAUAAUAAGCUUAGCCUGCAUCAUCUUAGAAAGGAUGGGGUAGUCACAACUCAUAUUUAUAACACGGGGAAGCUGGUCAGUUAUCAGUAGUCAUCAGAGGAGUCAACCACGUUCUAAAUAAACAUCUUAUGUAGUCCUGUAUCGAAGUGAGUAAUUUCCAGUAAUUCUCUCUUUACAAGUGCUUCAGUGUUUAAAGGUAAAUGCUUGUGAAAGAAAAUUCUUCAGCAAAUUAGGUUAAGUUACUUAAGUGUAUUAAAUUGUAACAAAAAAGGCAAGAUAUUAUAGUAAAAGAUGACUUCAAAUCAGUAAUUUCAGGCAGGUUUUUUUUUUUUUUUUGUUAGCCUACAGCAGAGGUAUAUAUGUUAACACAGCAAUCUUCGAAGUGAUUAAGUGACUUAGUGUCCUGGCAAUAGCAGUUUCUAGCUGGAAGAGUGAAGGGCCCUAAUCAUCUCUCCCGAUCCUGAGGCUCAUCUUUCUUCUGGAAGCCUCAGCUUUACUAGUAGAUGGGUUCCCUGGGCCCUUUAUUUCUCCUUCUUCAUCCUCUUUAUUGCUGUCAUCACUUCCACUAAGAUUUUUACAAUCUAGUCUGUAAAUUCCUCGUGACAUAUUUUCAGUGUAUUUAGCUUUAUCUCCUACUCCCCAGUUAUAAUGAUAAGUUUUAACACGGGCUUUUAUUUCACAUCCGUUUGUUGCUCCUGUUGGCUGCAGUGUGUACACUCCAUCAUUUUUUCUCACUUUAUUUCUUGAAACACAGUUGUAGUAUCAAAAAUCUCCCAGUUCUGCCCUUGCUGAAGUUGAAAGCUGAACUGCGCCAGAGAAGAGUGAAGUGACAGCUAGGUCGGGGGUGAGGCUGCCCUUCUGGCAGUAAUUCACCCGUGUGACCAAAGCCACAGCCAGGGCUGGGUCUACACGGGGCGCUUUUGUCUGUUGAUCUGUUUCUACUGGAAGUGCUUCUGUCUCCUCUCUCCUGUGCAAGGACACUGGCCGAGUGCUUCAGCUCUCCUUUGCUUUUGGUUUCUCUGGGCCUCCCUUUACAACCUCUCUCCUGUUAGAAGCAGAGCCUGCGUUUCCCGUUCAGUGGCACGCUCUUCCAUAUCGUCUCACAGGUUAUGGGUGGUUACUGUUCUUGACACCGAACCCAACGUAGAUCCAAGUUUUCUUUCCUUUUGCACGUCUCCCGCACACGUUGGGAUGAACAGCUACUUUCUGGUUUUCACACGUCAGAGCUGACCACAUUCCUUAUCCUGACUCGGCCCAGAGUGAGCACAUCUCUGUGGCUCCACACAGCCUUUCUCUUCCCCCUGAGCUGGGCACGUUUUCUUCACGGUUUGUAGAAAGCCCCAUUUCACUCGAGCGGGGCUUCUUGCGUACAGUUCAGAUGAAACCAGAACUAGCGAGCCCAGAAAAUUUGAGUGGCCCUGUUUCAGUGGCUCACAAACAGGAGGGGUGCGUCAGAGCCACCUGAAGGCUUGCUACAAUUCAGCGUGCGGGGCCCCGCCCACAGAGCUUCUGCGUCAUUGCGGCUAGGGUGGGGCCUGAGAAUGUGCAUUUCCUACAAAUUACGCUGCUCCCCCCGAGACCAGACUUUGAGAAUCACCGCUCUUCGGUGUGUGCUGUCCAGUGGCCACUAGGCACACGUGACUGUUUAAAUGAAUUAAAAUGAAAUAAACGUUUCCAAAGCAGAAUCUCGGUUAGGCUUGCCGUAUUUCAAGUGCUCAUCAGCCUGACGCGGUUAGUGGCUGCCUUAUUGGAGAGCACAGAUCUAGAACCUUUCCAUCGUGGCAGAAAGUGGAACGGAACUGCCCUAGACUAACUCUGAACGUAAGCCGGGUCCACCCAGUGGCUGGCAAGUUCCCCCUGGGGGCUGAUUGUCCACCCUGUGUUUGUGUGCAAAAAGGCUCGUCCAGAGGCGCGCCAAGGCUGUUUGGUUGAAGCGCGGCACGGGGAGCACCCUCUGGCCCUCGGCGCUCUCCUCCCCCAGUGCUAGUGCCAUCGCCAUCACCAGCCCUCUCACCUCCUUCCCACGUAGCUUACCUCCCCUCCUCUUUCCUCCCUUGCUCCUGAAGAAUCCACGUGUCUUCCUGAACUCCCUUUUUGACCCCACCCUCUGCGAACACCGCCAGUGCCUACUACGGGGUCCACACAGACCUUCGCUGAGCAGUCAGAGUCUUCCCUGGCUCCACAAAGCCCCUUUCCUUGGCCGACCAGUGUGCACGCUGGUCCCUGACUCUCCUUUGCCGAUCCCUGCCUCCCUGCCCGCCCUAGCUUGUCCCCUUCCCCUUCCGUUCAUGACCAUUCUUCACACUCACUUCCCCCGUCCCCACCAUCUCCACGAGGCUGGCACUCUUGUGACUCUAGACCGUGUCGUGGCAUGAAAUGAACAGGGACAUCGCUAUCAUGAGUCCUGUGGCCACUUUGGAAAAAAGGUAUCUUUUUUUGAGCACAAAGUUAAAGUGUUAAUUAUAGAAAAACUGGAAGACAGAAAUGUAGUUAAAGGCAAGAAAAUGCAUCAGUAUUUUGCCCCAAGAUGGUCACUUAAUAUCUUGCCUUCUUUGGGCUAUGAAUUUUUUACAUUGCUGUGGUCGUCUUAUGUGUUUUAUCUUAUAGUUUUAUAUUCUUCUUUUUCUCACUAAAUAUUAUAUGUGGUUACUACAAAUUUCUGCAAAGAUGCUUUAUACUGAUGGUAAUAUAUUUUAUUGUGUAGCUUUUCAUAAUUAACCUUCUCUCAAUGAUUGAAAAUUCAGCUUAUUUCCAAAUUUUCGGUAUUGUAAAUAACGCUGUGAUGAACAACUUUGCGAAUAAAAUAUUUUUAUGUAUUUCAAAUUACUCCCUUAGGCUUGUCUCUCUGUGCCAAAUUGUCAAAAGCUUCUCUCUUUGGCCACUCUCCCCACUCUUCUGCUACCUUGGGGUAGUAAAACUAAAAAUAAGGCAAGCAUACAAAUAAUAAAAACCAUAAAACCAAAAAGCCCCCACCCCUAAUGAUAAGAGGUGAAAGUGGUAUCCUGUUUGACCUUGUAACUCUCUGCUUCUCAGUGACCUUGAUCAUUGUUCUCUUUGUAAAAUUGUUGGGUGUUUGUAUUUCCAGUCAUGUGAAUUUGCCUUUAAAUUUUGGUUAUGGGUUUCACUUUUUAAAAUAAACAAAUGGCUGUUUUCCUGUCUGAUUCUUUUUUUCC